AUGCAGCCCCCCAUUCCCCCGACGCCGGACUACCUCGAGCGGGUCCCACAAACGCCAUGUGUCCCCGAGGACCCCUCACCCUCGCGGCAGACCGUCACCUUCGAGCGCACGGAAGCCUCCCCGUCCGAGCGCGGUAUCCCCAUCACCGAGCUCGCCAACCGCUCAAGUGGCUCGGCCACACCUAUUAUGAAAGGUGGCUCGGACAAGGUCGGCGCGUGGAUGGCGUGCAACAGCCACAAGAAGAUCAAGGUCUGGCUCACGUGGCCUGGGUAUGAACAACUUCAGUGGAGCCAUUCCUUGAACGUGUUCACGCCCGUGGGACCCAUCACACGCUCACAGCUCGCCGUGCUCGUCGCCCUCAUCAUCUCGUCGUUCGUCGAGAACAUCCGAACCCUGCCUGCCGACUCGCGUCGGCCGCCUCAAUUUGAGCUCGCGGAACGCAGCGGCUCUCCUGUGCGUGUCGACAACCUCGUGCUCGGUUCCUUGUGGAACGUCGCCGAUGACAAUUGGAUGGCUGAAAUUUACGUCGAGAGGCGAUAAAGUACCUGCGUUGUCUGUAGUGCCGCUUCAACCGGGUAUUGGACAAUUACGGACACCGCAUAUGUACUCCAUGGUCCAAGUUACCGUAUGCUAAUUUAAUUGCC